CCUCCCCGCGCCGAAGUGGGUAGCAACAGUUGCCCCGGUGAGGGAACACGGAGGGCGCCAUAGCCACCGUAGUCGUGGCGACCAGGACACCCGGCAACAACAACAACAACCGCCCCGCCUCAGCGCUUCCCGCCAAAAUCGGCGGAGGCCCCCCAGAGCCGCCGCCGCUCCGUCCCCGCCCCUCGCCCUGAGGGGACGCGGCCUCGCGCGGCCGGGCCGUCCAGCAAAAAAAGCCUUAUUUAUUAUCAUUUUCCCCACUGUUGGCAUGGCAACACAGGCGUACAUUACAGAGUUACAGGCAGCCCCGCAACAGUCACAGCCACAGCAGCAGCAGCAACAGUCUCAGCAACAGCCAGCAGCAACGGCGGCUACAGCAGCGCCUGUGGCAGCGGCAGCUCAGCAACAGUAUGUGGCCGAACUGCAAAGUGCGCAGCAGCAACAACCUGCACCGAAACAGUAUGUCUCGGAAAUCCCGCCUCCCCAGGCACAGGCUCCGCCCCCUGGACAGCAAACACCAGCACCGGCCCCACAACAAUAUAUUGUAGUGACUGUCUCUGAAGGCUCCAUGCGGCCCACUGACACCGUGCCAGAGUCCAGCCCAGGCUCCACAGCCACACAGUCAGGGGUACCGACGCAGGUGGUCCAACAAGUCCAGGCAACCCAGCAGAGGCUACUGGUCCAAGCCAGCGUGCAGACCAAGGCAGGAACAGUAUCUCCUCUGCAGCUCACAGGGGUUCAGGUACCCCAACAGCGACUGGUGGUGCAGAGUACUUCACAAGCCAGCAAAGGAGGAUCAGUCACACUGGCCGUCCACGGCGUGCAGCAGGUGCACUCUUCACCUGAGCGCUCUCCCGUGCAGAACAGCAGCUCUUCGGCCAAACCGGGACAAGUUCAGCAGCUCCAGGUCCAUGGAGUCCAGCAAGUGCCUGUUGCUCAAGAGAGAUCCGUGGUACAGACGACCCCCUCGACCCCCAAAGCUGGCACAGUGCAACAGCUAGCCGUGCAGGGACUCCAGCAAGUUCAUGUUACUCAAGAGGUCCAGCCGCUCCAGCAGGUCCCGGUGCAGCACGUCUAUCCCAACCAAGUGCAGUACGUGGAAGGAGGAGAUGCCAGCUACACAGCAAGUACCAUACGCUCUAACACUUACUCCUACACGGAGACCCCGCUCUACACUCAGAACACAGGAGCUGGCUACUACGAGUCUCAGACCACCCCGACGCAAGUGUCCACCCCAGCGACCUCCCAGGCGGUGGCCAGCAGUGGGUCAGUGCCCAUGUAUGUUUCCGGUGGGCAAAUUAUUGCCAACCCCAGCGGGGGCAGCACAACUGGAGCCAGCGGAGGAGGAGGCGGCAGCGGCGGCGGAAGUGGGAGCAGCGGAGGAAGCAGUGGUGGCGGCAGCACAGGGACCUAUGUGAUCCAAGGGGGUUACAUGCCGGGAAGUUCAAGCCAGUCUUACUCACACACCACCCGUGCCUCCCCAGCAACUGUCCAGUGGCUGCUAGAUAACUACGAGACCGCGGAAGGGGUGAGUCUUCCCCGGAGCACCUUGUACUGCCAUUACCUGCUGCACUGUCAGGAGCAGAAGUUGGAGCCCGUCAAUGCCGCAUCCUUUGGCAAGCUGAUCCGUUCGGUGUUUUUGGGACUCCGCACCCGACGUCUUGGAACCAGAGGAAACUCGAAAUACCAUUACUACGGGCUUCGCAUCAAAGCCAACUCCCCGCUGCUCCGGCUCAUGGAGGAUCAGCAACAUCUGGCCAUGAGGCAGCAGCCCUUUUCUCAGAAGCAAAGGCUGAAGCCCAUUCAGAAGUUGGAGGGCAUGACCAAUGGCGUGGCUGUGGGGCAGCAGCAGGCCUCGGGGCUGUCCGACAUCAGUGCCCAAGUGCAGCAGUACCAGCAGUUCCUGGAUCCCUCCCGCAGCCUGCCUGACUUUGCGGACCUGGACCUGCAAGGGAAGCCACUUCCUGAGGGCAUCGGGGUGGAGGAUGUGAAGGCCUUCCAGUUGCUUUACCGGGAGCAUUGCGAGGCUAUUGUGGAUGUGAUGAUCAACCUUCAGUUCACACUGGUGGAGACCCUCUGGAAGACUUUCUGGAGGUACAACAUGAACCAGCCAAGCGACGCCACCACAAUCGUCAUCCACGACGAAGCGGAGAAGCGUCUCCCCAAGAACUGCUUGGUGACCUUGUCUAAGUACGAGCCGGUCCUCAAGUGGACGAAGGACUGUGACAACCUGCUGUACCAGGGGCUGGUCGAGGUCCUGAUCCCAGAUGUGCUCCGGCCCAUUCCGAGUGCCUUGACGCAAGCGAUCCGAAAUUUUGCGAAAAGUUUGGAGAGCUGGCUGACUAAUGCCAUGAUGAAUAUUCCAGAAGAGAUGGUCCGCGUGAAGGUGGCAGCAGCAAGUGCCUUUGCCCAGACUCUGAGGCGGUACACCUCUCUGAAUCACCUGGCUCAGGCUGCCCGGGCCGUCCUGCAGAACACAGCCCAGAUCAACCAGAUGCUGAGCGACCUCAACCGGGUAGAUUUUGCCAAUGUCCAGGAGCAGGCCUCGUGGGUGUGCCGGUGCGAGGAUCGCGUGGUGCAGCGCCUCGAGCAGGACUUCAAGAUGACCCUGCAGCAGCAGAACUCUCUGGAGCAGUGGGCCGUGUGGCUGGACAGUGUGGUCAGCCAGGUCCUGAAGCCCUACCAGGGCAGCCCCAGCUUCCCCAAAGCCGCCAAACUCUUCCUCCUCAAGUGGUCCUUUUACAGCUCCAUGGUCAUUCGGGAUCUGACCCUGCGGAGUGCAGCCAGCUUUGGCUCUUUCCAUCUCAUCCGCCUUCUCUACGACGAGUACAUGUACUACCUGAUUGAGCACCGUGUGGCUCAGGCCAAGGGCGAGACCCCCAUAGCGGUCAUGGGAGAGUUUGCAAACCUGGCGAGCUCCUUGAACCCCCUGGACCCCGACAAAGAUGAGGAGGAGGAGGAGGAGGAAGAGAGUGACGAGGAGAUGCCCCAGGAACUCUCGCUCAGCUCCGCCGAGUCUAGCAGUCUGACUGCCGAGCCCUUGGAGCCGCCGUCGAAGCUGGCGCGGACGGACUCGCGGGGCAUCUUCGUGCAAGCGCUGCCCUCCAGCUAGAGCAGCCGAGGAGAGACGGACUGGACCCACUGGCCGGCAGGAAGCCGGGAUGCACCUUGCGCUGCGCUGCCCUGUGAUAAAAGAUGAGCUGUCCCGUCUCUUGAGUGGUAUGCGACGCGCUUUCAUUUUACGCCUCCUUUCCCGCCCCGCCGAUAGGCCAGGGCAGACCCGGCAAAGUACCCGGUCGGGAGCACUUGCCCCGAAGGCAUGCACAAUCCGGGGAUGGGGGGGCUGGUCUCCAGGUUUAUGGCCAAGCGGGCGGGAGCAUCGCACUCGCCAGGUGCUUUUGAUUCCCACGAGGAGGUUGAGUUGGGUUCUGCCUUGUGCCCAGCCCCUCUCAUCCAUAGCUGCUUUUCAUUGGUCAGUCCGGGGGAGAGAUACUUGCCCUUACUUAGUCCCUCCCCUCUUCCUCCCUGGACCCUGCCAGGUGUGGAAGACGGCCAUCUGCAGAGCGUACUUUAAUUCCCAAGACUGGCCUGGGCACACCCUGGCUUCUGCCACAGGACAGAGAGAGAUGCCAACAUCUGGCAGCUUGGGCCUCCUUUAGUGGCCACCCAGAGCUGAGUGGCAGACCAGCCCCGCAGGAGGAGUCUCCUGGAAUCAGGCAAGGAAUCUUUCUGGCAGCUGCCUGCGAGUUGCUGCUGGUCCUGGUGCCUGCCUUCAUUCCGGAAAAUGUCGGGGCGAGCUCUGUUGAGGAUCCUUCCUUCCCUCCAGACAUUGUAGUUCAGUGGUGGGGCACCUAUGGCACUCCAGAUGUUCAUGGACUACAAUUCCCAUCAGCCCCUGCCAGCAUGGCCAUCUGGACUACAAUUCCCAUCAGCCCCUGCCAGCAUGGCCAAUUGGCCGUGCUGGCAGGGGCUGAUGGGAAUUGUAGUCCAUGAACAUCUGGAGUGCCAUAGGUUCUCCACCACGGCUGUAGUUUGACCACAGAGAACGUGGAGCCCCGCGGUUGUUUUCUCUGCCAGUUGAGUCCAGUGGGGCACUCAUCCUGCGGCAUGCUGUGGUCAUUUAAACUGCCUUGUGCUAAAAUGGGAGCGGUUCUUCUCACGUGGAACUGAGCAGCCUGUUUAGUGCCAUCGCCAAGAUGGUGGAGCUCUCCUUUGCCACCCACUUGUGCCCAAAGACCCAAACGCAGGCCUGUGACUGUGCUGCCUGCCUUUAGAACUAGGCGGACCGCAAUCCAAAGAGGAAGGAGUUUGCAGACGUUCAAGGAAAAGACUCUAUCAAACCACAGCAGCCCCACGACCCAGAAAUCCACGCCUGGCCAAUCAUUCAGAUUCUUGGGAGUUUGCUUGCCCGUGGCUUGACCCCAGACUCUUCCCCUUCACUCACUCACUCACUCACUCACACACAUUCACACACACUCUCACACACACACACACACAGCGCGCCUUGCUUCACCCCAGACUACACUGCUAGGUUUUUAAAAAAUAAAAACAUGGACGCUUCCUCUUUCCAGCAGGGGGCAGCAGCUCCCUUCUCAGAGGUGUGAUGCUCCAGCAUGUCAGCUGUGCCUUGCCCUUCUGAGUCCAAGCAACGGUACUCGUGAGCGGCUCAGCCAUCAGUUACACCUUCUGUAAGCAAAAAGCCCAACCCUACCUUCCCUUGGAUCCCGACAACCAAGGAUACAGCCCCUAGGAGAUUAGCAUUUAAUAGGGUCCCAUUUGACCCAGCUGAACCAGGAAGCCUAAGGGCUCUCACAGAGGCCAGGAACCCUAAGGGCUCUCACAGAGGCAAAGCGGUGGGGGGGGGGAUUGGUGCCCAGAGACGACAACUCCUGAUGCUUCCGUCCCCCUGCGGGCAUGGCUCAGGGGCGUACCCUGCCCCCCGCAGGCCAGCUUUCAAAAGCCGGCCUGCAUGGAGGCGGGAGGGCUCGGGGGCCAUGCCCCUGAGUGUGGGGGAGGCGGGCCCAUGCCCUCAACCCACGCCCCUCCUGGCCUCCGUGCAGAAAGCUGGCUUUCGAAAGGUGGUCUAUGCGGAGGUGGAGGCGGGGGCGGGGCUCGUCAUUGGUGUUGGCGGGCAACCCAGGUGGGCACCUGCCCCAAAGCCCUGGCCCGCCCCACCUCCCCGUAGACUGGCUCCUGGGGGCGGGGCUUGGUGGCGUGCGGCACCCCUCCACAUGACCGGAAGGUGUGCAUCGGGGACAUAGGUGUCCCCAUGUCCCUAAAGCGGUACGCCCCUGGGCCCUCACUCUUCACACAAUCCCCAGGGCCAGAUGCGGGUUUCAGAAAAAUCCUGGGGCCAUGAGGCUUCUCUUUCAGGAUCCACAGCCUUUGGACUGCUUCGAUUACAUCUUCCUCCGCUUUGUUUCCACAACGUGAUCCAGGGCGGGCCAGUCCCGUUAAGCCUGAGGGGGGACACGGGCCAGAGUCGUUCAUCUCACUUGGUAUGGCACAUGCAGGAAGAGGUGAAGCCUUGCGUGGAGUGGAGGAGCGGCUACCUCAUUGUGCUGUUUCCCAGCUUGCUUGUAGCCACACAGAGCCCUACUCGCCUUCUAUGGCUCCAGGAAUCCACUUUCCCUGGUUGCCAAGCAGAUUUGAAAGCACCAAGCGAGGGGGUGGGUGGGUUCAGACAGGAGCUGGGUCACAGCUACUCCCUGCCCAUUGGUCUGCGGGGUGGGCGGAGGGGGGUGCUUUUGCCCCCGAGAGCUGUCAGUAUCACCAGCACGUAGGAGGUCCAGAAGGCACAGCCAGCCAGGGCAUCAAAUGCCCCUCUUAUGCUGGCCACAGGUGUGACAGGCAGGUCCCAGAGCAAAGCCACAAUCCUAACCUCAGGCUCCGGCUUCUGGACAGGGUCUCUCAGCAGUUGGCUCCGUUCACCCUGGCCAGAGUUCCAAGUGCCCCCCAAUGCAGCCAGCUCCCUCCCUUCAACACACACGUGUAUCCAGCCACCAAGCAACGCCCCAGGUCCCCCUGGGCAAUCUCGUACCCUUGCUAGGGAACUCGCCUACCCCUGCAGCCUUUUCCCAUAGCCGGCGUGCAACAGUAGUUCAUUCGUCCACACACAUGGGCUGCGUCUGCGCUCUACUCCACAGGCAGUAGCUGCGCGUGGUUUUAGUGCAAUCCAAGCCAGCCUGCUCUAUAGAGAAGGGCUCUUACCUGAAGAUGGUUUCUCCGGCCUGGGAGCCGGCCCUUUUCUCCUUGCAGUUUUUGACACGGGUGGCAGAGAUGCCAAACAUUUCCCUUUGCUCCUGCAGCAAAAUGCUGCCGGGGGUGGGGUGGGGUGGGUGGAAGGGGGGCACAUAAAGAACCGAUCCGUUUUUAGCUCUACCGAGGCCUGGGUUUUUCUCCCCAUCCUGCUGGGCCUGCAGCAGAUUCCCCCACCCCCCACAAAGCAGCUCAAUCUUCCAGAGGGGCACCUUCGUUGCCGUAUACUGCAGUUUUCACUACCAAUCCUCCACGACCAUCUACCCUCCGACGCCAAAACCUGUUUUUACAGGAUGCCGUUUGCGGUUGUACAUUAAAAAAAUUAUUUUUAUCAUCUCAAAAAUAGCAGCUCCAAAAUAGUGUGUCCAGUGGUGGAUAACAGUGGUGCAUUUCCUGCUCCGAUAGGGGUAAAAAACCAAUGACUUCUUAGGGAACGGGCAGUAAUCAAGGCUGAAGAACGGACACGCUGUAUCCUGUGGCUCUAUGCCUACCCCUGUUUUCCGCACCUCUUUUAGCUUUAGAAAAGUCCUAACUCUAGCAGCGUCCCCGGAUCUUGUUGUUUGCACAAUGCUUGCUUCUGUGAGCUCAUGGCUCCUUCCAAAAAGUGAGCGGAAGGGCGGAUCCGCCAAUCAUGCAGGACUGAACAUGAAUGAGUUGACCUUUUUUAAAAAAUUCAGUUGCUGCCUUACACAAUGACAAACCUAUUCCCUCCAAACCACGACUCUCCCUGUCCACCGGGGGCAGCAGCCAGCACAACCGGCUCGGCUCACUUGCCCCAGACUGCAGGAACGCCUGGCUGAGAGCAAAGGGCUCGUUCUAAAGAGAACUCCGGCCCAGCUCAGCAAGCAGGCAAAUGGAUCCGGUUAUUUCCUCCCCGCAGAAAGUAACCAACCUUCUGGUUUGUAACUGAAUAUUAGAUAUUCUAGUUUUAAACAAAAAAAAUAAAAAUUCUGUGCUUUUAUAUGUAAUUACUAAUUCUUGUUCUAUAAGCCACCUAAAUAUUGUGAGAUUGGUGAAGAUAAAUUACUUGAUAUUUUUGGGUUUUUCAACCAUCAUGGCCUUAUUUGUUCGAUUUUUCCAGUGUUUUAAACCUGUGACAUAGAUGUUUAUUGCAAAAUCUACAUAUUGUAUAAAAUAUAUAUUUUGUGUCGAUUUUUGUGCGGCAGCGGCAGCUUUGGCCGCACGAUAGACUUCCAGUGGAGUGUGAAGAGCUUUGUAGACGUCCCGGGCCCAUAAGAUGGGCAAUGCCUGUGGUCAGCUGACGUGCGUGUGCGUGUGUGUAGUCUAUAGAGUGCAGAAGCUGUUUUCUACCUUUUGUAGUUCUUUCUUAAAGAAAUAAAUUCAGCCGUGUUCUUUG